AUGAAGCUCAUUUGGCUGGUAGCAUUCUUGGGAGCAGCUGCUGCCUUCCCCAUUGAUGAUGAAGACGAUGAUAAGAUUGUGGGCGGCUAUACCUGCCAAAAGCAUUCUGUCCCCUAUCAGGUCUCCCUGAAUGCUGGAUACCAUUUCUGUGGUGGCUCCAUCAUAAACAACCGAUGGAUUGUUUCAGCUGCUCACUGCUAUCAAUCCCGAAUCCAAGUGAGACUUGGGGAACACAGUUUGAACAAAAAUGAUGGUUCCGAGCAAUACAUUGAUUCAAUCAAAAUCAUUCGUCAUCCCAAAUUCAAUGCCAGAACUUUGGACAAUGAUAUCAUGCUCAUCAAACUAUCGAAACCAGCCAGUCUAAAUUCCCGUGUUUCAGCAGUGCGCCUACCAAGCAGCUGUCCAUCCACUGGAGCAAAAUGUUUAGUCUCAGGCUGGGGCAACACGCUCAGCAGUGGCACACGCUAUCCAGACCUCCUACAGUGCCUGAAUGCCCCUGUACUUUCUCAGAGUCAGUGCAAUUAUGCUUAUCCAGGGAAAAUCACCAACAAUAUGUUUUGUGCAGGAUACGUGGAAGGUGGAAAAGACUCUUGUCAGGGAGACUCUGGUGGCCCAGUUGUCUGCAAUGGAGUACUCCAAGGAGUUGUCUCUUGGGGUGAAGGAUGUGCUCUGAAAGGCAAGCCCGGUGUCUACACUAAAGUUUGCAACUACGUUUCUUGGAUUCAGAAAACCAUCAGUUCCAACUGA